AUUGUAGUUCUAGGUCUAGGUUUUACUUUCGUUGCUUUAAUGGUGGCACAGUAAGCACAAGUGACACGUUGCGUGUUUUGAAAAUCUAUACCAGGAUCGCACAUGUAGUGUCCAAGCAACUUAGCCGAAAGUUUCAUCAUCUAUUGAUAAAAAUUUAAAAGAUAAACCCCAAAAGGGAUGAUGAAAUUCUCUACAGUAAUUCAAUGCAACUCGCUGCAUUUUGCAGUAAUUUCUAUGCUACAGUUUGUGUAAUCAUUAAGUAUGGCUGCAGUAGUGGAUCAAACACCUAAUACUGUGAAGACUUUAAAUGAAAUUUUUCAUGAAGAUGAAAAUCAUGUCCCCGAAAAAAAAGUAAAUGAUGAUGAUGUUGUUUCCAGUUUGAACGACAAGAAUGUUUUGGUGAGCCCAACUGCAGAGGAGUUUGAUGCUCUUAUUCAGAGGCUCUCUAUCAGACUUGAAAAUGGACAUGGUGAAGUUAUCUACAAUGUUGGAACUGGAGAGGAUGGAGGCUGUGGACUUUCAGAAGAAGAGAUGGCAGCUUCUGUUGCAACUUUGGAAAGUAUGGCCUCUACUUUAGAAGCUGAUUGUGUGCUGUUACGAAAGCACAAAGUCGAAAAUGGUGAUGUUUCAGAAUAUCUUGUUCGAAAGAGAGCGAAAGACAAUGACUUUGUUGAAGUGAGGGUGGCUGUGAUUGGAAAUGUUGAUGCAGGUAAAAGUACCCUUUUGGGUGUUCUUACGCAUGGUGAAUUAGAUAACGGUAGAGGAUUUGCUCGUCAAAAAUUAUUUCGUCACAAGCAUGAAAUGGAGUCAGGGCGAACAUCUAGUGUAGGAAAUGAUAUUCUAGGAUUUGAUAGCUGUGGAAACGUGGUCAAUAAACCAGAUAGUCAUGGUGGACAGUUGGAUUGGGUAAAAAUUUGUGAAGCAGCAUCUAAAGUCAUUACGUUUAUUGACUUAGCUGGACAUGAACGUUACUUAAAAACUACUAUCUUUGGCAUGACUGGUCAUAUUCCAGACUUCACAAUGUUAAUGGUUGGUGCAAACGCUGGAAUUGUGGGAAUGACUAAGGAACAUUUGGGUCUUGCUUUAGCUCUGAAUGUUCCCGUUUUUGUAGUUGUGACAAAGAUUGAUAUGUGUCCAGAAAAUGUAUUGUGUGAUACAAUGAAACUUCUGGUGCGUAUUCUUAAAUCACCAGGGUGUCGAAAAAUACCUGUAAUUGUUCAUUGUGAAGAUGAUGUCAUUGUGUCAGCAACAAAUUUUGUUUCUGAAAGGCUGUGUCCCAUAUUUCAAGUUUCCAAUGUUACUGGGGAAAAUCUGGAUUUACUGAAAAUGUUUAUGAAUUUACUUUCAACGAGGAUGCCAAAUUCAGAUUCUGAGCCAGCUGAAUUUCAGAUUGAUGACACAUACUCUGUUCCUGGUGUAGGCACGGUAGUAUCAGGAACAACACUAAAAGGAACCAUUAGAUUAAACGACACUCUAAUGUUAGGUCCUGACCCUCUUGGGCACUUUCAAGCUGUUGCUGUGAAGUCUAUUCAUAGGAAACGAAUGCCUGUCAAGGAAGUCAGAAGUGGACAAACAGCAUCUUUUGCAUUAAAAAAGAUUCGACGUUCUGAUAUUAGGAAAGGUAUGGUGAUGGUCUCUCCAGCUCUAAAUCCUGAAGCAUAUUGGGAAUUUAAGGGUGAAAUUUUGGUUCUUCACCAUCCCACCACAAUCAGUCCAAGAUAUCAAGCCAUGGUUCACUGUGGAAGUAUAAGACAGACUGCAUCAAUUCUUAGCAUGUCCAUGGAUUGCCUACGAACUGGUGAUAAAGCUCUGGUUCAUUUUCGUUUCAUCAAAAAUCCCGAGUAUCUCCGCAUUGGCAUGAGGAUGGUUUUUCGUGAAGGUCGUACUAAGGCUGUUGGUAACAUUGUUUUGCUGCUUCCAAAUGCAACACCCUCUAACAUGAUCAUGCGUUCGAAGCCAAACAAAAUGAGGCCAUCAUCAUCCAGUCCCACCGAAAAUAUUGGAAAACCAGAAAAUGAGCCGAGGAAGCCCAGCAAAAGAAGCAGGGGGCGGCAUCGAGGGAAUCGUCCUUUUGUACGAAUUCCUGUGUAGAUAUCAUCUCAAAUUGUAAUUUCAUUGGCUAUGCAAUUAGUUCAAAUGCACAAUAUUCAUUGUAUGUUUUGAACAUAAACUAUUUUACUUUGAA